AUGGUAGUUAUUGAGGUGGUCGUCAAAGGCAGAAAAUGCUUCGGAUUGUGGUGGUGUUGGGCAAUUACCGCAGCGUUCCCUCGCCAGCUUUAUAUGCCAUCACCGUGGGCUCCUUACCCACAUGGCUGCGUGGCUGCUGGCAUGGAACACUUCCUUGAAACAGCCGUGGCCUGCGAGAAGGGAUAUCAUUCCAGAUCACUGCUGCCCAAAUCAGCUGCACUUGUGGCUGUAGACCGCGGUGACCAUGCAUUGGCGAACAGACUGGCUACUGCGGUAGGCAGCAUAGUCGACAAAUGCUGGGUUAAAUUCUGGAUUGCCUAUGGAAUUUCAAAAUAG